AUGCUCAAUUAUAAUUUCUUCUUCAAGCCAAUCAACCAGCAAACAAACGCUAUAUCCAGCGACACAUGGGCCAGCAAGCUAGGCCAGCUUAGUUUGAGCAAGGCACAGCUCAACAAGCUCGUCCUCGAUUACCUCAUCAUUGAAGGCUAUACAGACGCAGCGACUACUUUCUCCAAGGAUACAGGCUUGGAUAUGGACGAAUCCACCAACAUCAUCAAAGACAGAAAGUCUGUGAAGGAUCUGAUAAGAUGUGGUCACAUUGCACCUGCAAUUGACCUGAUCAAUGAAAUAAAUCCGGAUAUCCUCGACCAGAAUACUGAGCUUUACUUCAACGUACAGCUCCAGCAUCUCAUAGAGCUUAUCAGGCAUAAGCAGGUAGAUGUAGCGCUGCACUUCGCUCAGUCUGUUCUCUCCCACCUGGCUAUAACGAUCCCCUCGCUACUGCCAUCGCUCGAGACAACGCUCACUCUGCUUGCUUUCGACAGCCCCGACUCCGAACAGCUCGCACAGGCUACAGACGCCCCUAACAACAUUCGCCAACUCCUCAGUCAGUCACAGAGGGAGAGAGUUGCAAGCAUGGUCAACAAGCACGUCCUUGAAUCUGAAUUUCACUCAAGUGAGCCCAAAUUAUCUAAUGUCAUCAAGCUGUUGUCGUGGGGCGAGAAUGCCCUCGCGUCUCGUGUCAAUUUCCCUAGAUAUCAACCUCCGCUGCAUAAACACGGGAGGAAUCACAAUGAGAAAUUAAACACUGAGGAUAUCAACAGACUCGGUCAAUUUGAUCAGCAAAUGCUCACUUAG